CGGCUGCUUGUAGGAUAGAGGCAUGGAGAGCAUCAGAAGCCCUAAUUUUUGUCACUUUUCUUUUUAGAUACACUUUUAAAAACUGUCAACACAUCAAAAUUUUAGGGUGUACUUCUUUUUUAUCGAAACGUCUUUUCUCUUCGUUUUAGUUUAUCAGAAAAAGCUCCGAGGUUUAAAAUGACUUCUGUAAUGGUUCCAACACGAUUUGCUGUACUAACCCAGCUUGUGAAGUCAAAGUGUCGACAUGUUGUGCAUCAAAUGUUUCACAGGUAUCUAUUGUAUACCAAUGUUGGAAUUUCAGUGUCCCUAUCAGGUGUGGGGGACACCUUGGAACAACACUAUGAAAUCCUAAGCAACCAAAAAAAAGAAUGGGAAAGAUCAAGAACGAUGAGGAUGUCCAUAUCUGGAAUGACAGUAGGAGUUAUUUGUCACAACUGGUACAAAUAUUUAGACUCUAAAUUCCCAGGAAGAACUGUCAGAAUAGUAGCCCGAAAAGUGAUGAUAGACCAAAUUAUAUGUUCUCCUUUGUGCAUUGCAACCUUCUUCAUUACCUUAGGAAUUCUAGAGCAAGCAUCAUGGGCAGAAACUAAAAAGGAAAUUAAAGACAAAGCGUGGAGGCUCUAUGCUGCAGAAUGGGUUGUGUGGCCUCCAGCUCAAGUCAUCAACUUCUAUAUUCUACCGUUGAGGUACAGAGUGUUGUAUGAUAACACAAUUUCACUUGGCUAUGAUGUUUACACGUCCUAUGUCAAACAUGACAAUGAGUCUGAUUCUGAAGAAAUAUCAGAGCUUAAGCUUAGAGGACACGAAGAGGAAGAGGAGCAAGAGCAGCACGACAAGGGGGAGCAAGAGCAGGAGGAAAGCUGACUUACUUUCGCAAUGGAGGCUAGAAUGACACAAACUGUGAUACAUGGCUAUGAUUAAGUUAAGAAUGACAAAUCUCAAAUAAACGUUGUCUUCCAAAUUGAAAUUGUUCUACUGUAGACAUAAAAAUCGAUGUCUGAUGUUAGUUUUUGUUAUGUAAAUUGUGUGUGUUAUAUUAUAACCAAUUUCUAAUAUCACUUCACUUUUGAAGCAAUUAGCACAAUUUUCAUCAUUUUCUCUGAGAAAUUUGUUGAGUCUUGAGCAAAGACAAUUCCAAAUCUUAUAUAUUCAAAACGGGUAUAUUGCUUAGUGUAAGUCUCAAAUACAAGGAAAUAUUUGAACAAACUACCUGAUUUGUUUGAUUGUGUCAUGUGUGAUUAAAAUAAUGAUCAUUAAGCUAGGGCAGAACCUAGUUCAAAUGGGAUUACUACUUAUUCUUGUGAGGUAAUGAUUUACUUUUCCAGUGUGUGUAUAUUGUUCUGUUAUUUUUUAAAUCAAUAAAUCUGUAAAACCUCUACAGAGCUCCUGGCUCUAAA